AGCCCGCAGCCUGCCGCCGCCAGGUUGUGCCUCAGACUGUCAGAAAAAGCCGCGCGCCGGCCGGCGGGGUGGUGAGCACGGCCCGGGCCGGACAUGGCGGCGCUCUACGCCUGCACCAAGUGCCACCAGCGCUUCCCCUUCGAGGCGCUGUCUCAGGGGCAGCAGCUGUGCAAGGAAUGUCGGAUUGCACACCCUGUUGUGAAGUGCACCUACUGCAGGACUGAGUACCAGCAGGAGAGUAAAACCAAUACAAUAUGCAAGAAAUGUGCUCAGAAUGUGCAGUUGUAUGGUACGCCCAAACCUUGUCAGUAUUGCAACAUAAUUGCCGCAUUUAUUGGCAAUAAAUGCCAGCGCUGCACAAAUUCAGAGAAGAAGUAUGGACCACCCUAUUCCUGCGAACAGUGCAAGCAACAGUGUGCAUUUGACAGGAAAGAUGAUAGAAAGAAGGUAGAUGGGAAAUUGCUGUGCUGGCUGUGCACACUUUCAUACAAACGGGUCCUUCAGAAGACUAAAGAGCAAAGGAAACACCUGAGCAGCUCUUCUCAUGCCGGCCAUCAGGAGAAGGAACAGUACAGUCGCCUGAGUGGUGGCAGCCAUUAUAACAGCCAGAAAACACUUUCUACAUCUUCAAUUCAAAAUGAAAUCCCAAAGAAAAAGUCCAAGUUUGAGUCCAUCACAACUAAUGGAGACAGCAAUGCUUCGCCUUAUGAGCUGCUUUGUCCUAAUAUCCAGAGCACCUCAUCCGUGUUGUUGCAGUGGGCUGCUUCGCAAGAGAGUCUUGGGGCCAACCAUUUUCCUGUUCCUCUAGGCCCAGGCAUCCUGAACUUUUCCCCAGACCUGGCUCUGGACUCACCAGGUACUGACCACUUUGUCAUCAUUGCCCAACUGAAGGAAGAAGUGGCUACCCUGAAAAAGAUGUUGCAUCAAAAGGAUCAAAUGAUUUUAGAGAAAGAGAAAAAGAUUACAGAGUUAAAGGCUGAUUUUCAGUACCAGGAAUCUCAGAUGAGAGCCAAAAUGAACCAGAUGGAGAAAACCCACAAAGAAGUCACAGAACAAUUGCAGGCCAAAAACCGAGAGCUCCUGAAGCAGGCAGCUGCUUUGUCCAAGAGCAAGAAGUCUGAGAAGUCAGGAGCUAUCACCUCUCCGUGACAGACCCUGAGGAGGCUCCCUAGCAACAGCAUAUGGAGUUGUUCUGGGUUAGGGUUGGUGACAUGGCUGUUCUCUGGGAAGUGCAAGUUUUCUUAAGAAAUAUCUAUUUUAUUUCAGUUAUCUUUCUUUGUGCGAUUGCAGUGGGCUGAAUGGAAACACCUGGUUUGUGCUGUGUUAUGACUGCAUGCUUGAGUGUUUGGGGUUUCAGGCUCUCUUUCUCUCACUUCUAGGACCUCUUCUCUUCUCUCACGCUUUCUCUAUUUUCGUAUUACUCUUUCUUUCCUUUUUUUUCUUUUUUUUUUUUCGUGGUGGUCACUGCUCAGUGUAAUGUGCAGAAUGAUUUUGGUUUUUUUUUUUUAGUCCAUCAUUGCAUCCUGCCAUACCCAUGAGCAAAUUGUUUGGCAUUAAUUAUAUAUCACUGCCACUUCUGAACUUUGAAAACUGCCACCUUAAAACUUGGUACAAUGGAAGAGGCUUUCUCUCUCCAAUAAACCUUUUGCUUCAGGGUAUCCUCUUGGGUUUUUUUCCAGAUAUAUUAUGUAUGAACUUUGUACUAUGUAUAGCCAGAGUUUUAUUUAUUUUUAAAAAAAAAGAAAACUUUUUCUUGAUAAAGGAAUAAUGGUAGCCUAGCUAGUCCUUCUUGUAAAAGUAAUGCCUCUUUAAAAAAAAAAGUCCUCUUCUCUAGCUUUUAGUAGACGAAUCAGAUCUUUUCUUUCUUGUUACCUUGGAGUCUUAAAAAGGAUUGCUAAGGUGAAACAAUUCAAUGCAUAAGUAUGGAGUUAAGUGCCUUUUGGAGGAUUUCUUGGAAGAACAUUUAAGGAGAUACUUAAGGGAGGUAGCAAAGAUUUGAACAGUCUGUCUUUUUAAGUAAGGGCAGAAAGAAAGGUUGUCCAGGUUGUACUGGACGCUCCCCCCAACCCUGUUUCCUGAUUGUUUUAUGUGAUCGAUUUUAAAUUCUCACACUGCCACUUCUUUUUUAAAAACUAUCAUUUAUUUGCUUAUAUCAGUUGUCAUACUGGGCUGCUGUCAGAGAACAAUUUUUUUUUUUUACAUGAGAAGAUUAAAAAUGGGACAAUAUUUGAACUGUAGAGCAUUUCUGGGGUCAUCACAAACUGCUCAAGUAAGGACUGAGAACAGUCAGGAGAAGUGAUAUCACUGUACCUUCUCCCCACUCCUCCUCACCCACCCCAACCUUUACACUGUCUGGCUUUGAAUGAAGAGGUGGAAACAGGUACUUCCUAGAAGUACGUGGCCUCAGCUGGAGUUACGUGUGCUCUGUCUUUCCUUCUAGGCACAUGGAUGUACUUUUCCAGGAUGGGAUAGAUUUGCAUCUCUACCCAUACUCGCAGGUCCUCGGGUAUCUGUGAAAGGAGGGAGGGAUAUGUGGUGUAUGCCGUGAAACAGCAAAACUCACUACCCUGGAAUCAUUAUGCAGGGGAUAGUAGAGCCAGAAUUAAUCAUGAGGGCAGAUGACAUUUGUACCUCAGUAUACCAAAAUUACAGCAGUAAAUUUAACUUGACAGGCAUCCUCUAGAAGCAACUGCUCUAUAGUUCGUGGUAGCAUUCUCUAAAUGGAGCCAUGCACAUAAUUGGACAGAGAUGCGGAAUUGAGCAGCUUCCUUCUGAUAAGAGAUACAAUGGACCAUGUUGCUUAUAUAUCACCCUAGUAGGGGAUGUAAUUUUCCCUUCUAAGCAAGGGAAAUGGCUGUGCUAAAUAAUUUUAUAACUUUUUGAAUGAGAAACUUUUAAGUAAAGAUAAACUGUCAGAUAAUAUUUUUCAGAUGCAUUUGCAACUGACUGGGGAAGAGACUGUGAAAAAUGAUAGUCUUUUUUUUUUUUUUUAAUUUUAAAGACUGAAAUUCUGUUACAUGAAGUAUGACGAUAUAAAAACACAUAUUUAGUUUUAUACUAAAUCUUUUUUUAAGGUCUUGGCAUUUAAUACAAAGCAAAUCCACACAUUUUCUAACUUUCCAUAAGUUCCAAAAAGGGAAGGAAGAAACCUCAGUCUUGAAAUUUUGAUUUUUAAAAAUCAUGACACUGUUUUACCAUGAAAACGAGUAGCUAAUUUUUGGUAACACCUUUUGUUUCUUUGUAUGUUUGUAAUAAUGGACAUUUUAAAACACAGGAAUGUUUUGGUUUGUACAGACUUUGACAAAUGUGUGUUAAUAAAAAUUCAUAUUGACUCAAG